AAAGUUAACUGCGAACUGGAAUCAUGGGAAAAGCAAAGAAAACAAGAAAGUUUGCUGAAGUCAAGCGAAUGCUCAAUCCAAAAGAUAGUCGAUUGAAGGAGAACCAGGAGAAGCUGAAGAAGAAGGAAGAAGAUAAGCAAAAGGAGGUUGUUCGCCAUCUUCCUCAAGUCGCUUCGUCACUCUUCUUCAAAUAUAAUUCUGCUUUAGGACCACCUUAUCAUGUCCUAGUUGAUACCAAUUUCAUCAACUUUUCCAUUCAGAACAAGCUUGAACUUGUCAGGUCCAUGAUGGAUUGCUUGUUGGCUAAAUCUAUUCCUUGUAUUACGGAUUGUGUUUUAGCGGAAUUGGAGAAACUUGGACCAAAAUAUCGAAUUGCUCUAAAGAUCGCCCGUGAUCCUCGAUUCGAAAGACUUCCCUGCUCUCACAAGGGUACAUACGCCGAUGACUGCUUAGUUCAACGUAUUAUGCAACACAAGUGCUAUAUCGUGGCAACUUGCGAUCGAGAUCUCAAACGCCGUAUUCGUAAGGUACCUGGUAUCCCUAUCAUGUACAUUUCCGCAAGAAAGUACGUGAUUGAGAGACUCCCAGAGUUGGGCACCAACACCUUCUAGACGUAUCAAGUAUUUGUAUUUUACAUAUCCCUUCUGCAUAAUUUGGUUUUUCUAUACACUUCAAUUGGCACACGGCGCACAAACACACUAUCUUUUUCUCUUUCUCCAAGGUUCUUUUGACUACAACCUUUCCCUGUAUAUACGCCGUGUUAUGAUCGAGAAACAAACAACUAAAAGCAUCACUGUAAAACCAAAUUCACCGGAUCCAUUGUUU